AUGGCUGAUCGCCCACCAACCGAGAACCAAGGCGCCACUCACCUGCCCGGCCCGACCACAUAUCUCACUGGGCAUGACGCCUCCGGCCAGGCCGUGAUCCAGUCGAAGCGGCCCGUCCACUGGACGCGCUACGACGACGACAAGCUCAACAUGUCGGUCGCCUACACGACCCAGUUCCCCGCCGAUCUCAACAGCGACGCCGACGUCGCCGCGCACGACGCCAAGAUGGCCAAGGGCCCCAUCGGGCUCGUGUCGGGGGGCGGCACGGUGCUGCGCUUUGUCGACAUGGCGCCCGGGUACGAGUGCAUGAUGCACCGGACGCAGAGCGUCGAUUACGGCAUCGUGCUCGAGGGCAGCGUGGUCGCCGUCAUGGGCAGCGGGGAGGAGGUCGUCAUGGGCCGCGGGGACAUCAUGGUGCAGAGGGCGACGAUGCAUGCGUGGCGCAACCCGAGCGAGACGGAGUGGUCGCGGAUGGUGUUCUGUCUGCAGGACUGCCAGCCGCUGGUUGUGGCGGGGAAGCGGAUGGGCGAAGAUCUCGGGAGAGGGACGGACGGGGUGCCGCCUUCGCAGAAUGAUGCGUAA